AUGAAUGAUCAAUCAAAAAGUGAUCAGGGCAUGUUGGACAGCGGAAGGCGGAAGGGUUCGAGCGAAAAGCGUGCUAGCAGUGUCAUUGAGGCCACAGAAGGCGCGCUUUUGAAUGUAGGGGUGUCCCCUCCCCCUAGUGCUCCAUGUGGUGCAUGCAAGUUUUUGAGGAGGAAAUGCAUUAGUGGAUGCAUUUUUGCUCCCCAUUUUGGCUCUGAUCAAGGUGCAGCAAGAUUUGCAGCGGUGCAUAAAGUGUUUGGAGCAAGUAAUGUAUCAAAACUCUUGUUGCAUCUUCCGGAAAAUCGAAGAAAUGAUGCUGUUGUUACCAUAUCAUAUGAGGCUCAAGCAAGACUUUCUGAUCCUGUUUAUGGUUGCGUCUCAACAAUUCUUGCGUUACAGCAACAGGUAGCAUCUCUUCAAGCAGAGUUGGCAGUGGUGCAAACACAGCUGAUGAACAGCAGAUUGGCAAUGGCAAAUGCCCUUCGAGAUUCACAAGCAAUACAGCAGCAGAAAAUUGUAGCCUUACAACCAGCUUACUCCAACACAUCUGCAGCUUCAAAUACUCUGAUGAAUAUAAACAGCUUCAACUCUAACUUUGAUCUUGUUGGUGAAGCUGCCCCAUCCAACAGUUUUGAUCCCGUUCAUCUCUCCCAAGCCCCUCAAGAAGUAGAAGAAGAAGAUGAGGAAGAGAGUCAGAACCACCUUGAUUUCACCAGUCAGAUAUUCCACCAAGAUAAUAAAACCUUUUUUUAA